CUUUGGCGUAGGCGUGACUACCGAUCGCUUUACGCGGAUGCCAGAGUCAAAUAAUUGACAAUAAACAUACCGAACGCACCCGACAUCGUACUCUUUGAUUGUUUAACACAAUUUAAAUACGAUUUGAUCAAUGAUAGAAUCAUAUGUGGAAGGCGUUGCGUGAACUCUCAAGUCGCUGACAGCUGUUACGACCCGGAGACAUGGAGCACAUCCGAACCCCGAAGGUGGAGCAGGUGCGCCUGUUGGACCGCUUCAGCAACAAAUCCACUAACGGCACACUGUACCUCACAGCGACGCAUCUCAUCUUCGUGGAGAGCAGCUCCAACAAUUCAACGUCUGCCGGGCAAGAGGUUUGGAUUUUGCAUCACCAUAUCGCAUCCGUGGAGAAGCUCUCACUCACCACCUCAGGCUGUCCACUGGUCAUUCAGUGUCGUAACUUCAGAGUGGUUCACUUUGUGCUGCAGCGAGAACGCGACUGCCAUGAUGUUUACAGCUCACUUUUGCGCCUUCUGCGACCUGAGUCGUACGAGGAGCUCUACGCCUUCUCCUACAAUCCCAAGCAGAAUGACCAACAGCGUGAGGAAGGGUGGCAGCUCAUUGAUUUAGGAGCAGAGUUUGAGAGGAUGGGUGUUCCCUGCGACCAAUGGCAACUCACGGACGUCAACAGAGACUACAAGAUUUGUGAGACCUACCCACGUGACCUGUACGUCCCCAUCACGGCCAGCAAGCCCAUUAUUGUGGGCAGUUCCAAGUUUAGGAGCAAAGGACGAUUCCCAGUGCUCACUUAUUUCUAUCAAGAGAAGAAGGCGGCAGUGUGCCGAUGCAGCCAGCCUCUCUCUGGCUUCAGUGCACGCUGUUUAGAAGAUGAGAGCAUGCUACAGGCCAUCAGCAAGGCUAACCACAAUAGCCGAUUUGUGUACGUCAUGGACACACGGCCAAAACUGAACGCGCUCGCCAACCGAGCGGCGGGCAAAGGCUACGAGAAUGAGGACAACUACUCCAACAUUCGCUUCCAGUUUGUGGGCAUCGAGAACAUCCACGUGAUGAGGACCAGUCUGCAAAAGCUGCUUGAAGUGAUUGGAGCUCGCUCCCUCUCCAUGAGUGACUACCUGGUAGGACUGGAGAGCUGCGGCUGGUUGAGGCAUAUCAAGGCUGUUGUGGACGCAGCAAUCUUCCUGGCUAAGGCAGUGACCCGGGAAGGAGCCAGCGUGUUGGUUCAUUGUUCGGACGGGUGGGACCGAACAGCGCAGGUCUGCUCCCUGGGAGCUCUGCUCAUGGACCCCUACUACCGCACCAUCAAGGGUUUCAUGGUGCUGAUCGAGAAAGACUGGAUCUCAUUUGGUCACAAGUUUGCAGAUAGGUGUGACCAACUGGACGGAGACCCAAAGGAAGUGUCUCCUAUCUUCACUCAGUUCCUGGAGUGUGUCUGGCAGCUAUCUGAGCAGUUCCCUCAGGCUUUCGAAUUCAGCGAGUGGUUCCUGCUGCAGAUCCACGAGCACGUUCACUCAUGUCAGUACGGAAACUUCCUCGGCAACAACCAGAGGCAGAGAGAAGACCUUCAGCUACGAGAGCGGACUCAUUCGUUGUGGGCGCAACUGAUGAGCGAAAAACAGAACUACUUGAAUCCGUUCUACAGCCCCGCAUAUGCUGAAACGCACCCUGUGCUGGAGCCCUCCACAUUGCCCUACCAUUUCAAGUUUUGGAGAAACAUGUACCACCAGUUUGAUCGCUCCAUGCACCCACGGCAGUCCAUCCUGAAGACCAUUCUAACUGGGAGAGAGAACAGUCGCAAAGCGGAGAGCAAGCUCCAAGCACUGGAGAGUAGGCUCCACCAGCUCGGUGUGACGCCGGUCGUGACCGCCAACCUCCCAGCGGCCCCUCCCACCAGGGAUCAUCGCUCGCUCGACAAACCCCUCCCACCGCGCCCGGACUCCCUCAUCCUGGGGGCGCCCAUGAAUCACAAGGAGGCCCGUCGGCAGCAGGAGGAAGACGAGCACGAGGAGGUCGGCGAGGAGGCCACCGAGAGCGCGGAAAUCGAGCGGACAGUAGAGGGCAGCAGCGGCUCCGGGAGCCGCAAGCAGAGCUACGGCGAGCUGGAAGGGACAUACGAUAGCGAUGUGGCCAAAGAGGAGCCGGCGAUUGUGAGUCUGGAGUUUGGAGUGGCACGCAUGACCUGCUGAGAAACGGGGAGGGAUAUUGUGAGGAAAGGACAGGCGCAUCAUAACAAUUUACUGAAAAAAGCUCUUGUUCUUCACGUGAUUAUGUGCUCAUUACAAAAUGGUCCUCAAUGGGCCAUGUUCUAUAUGUCUGUAUAGUCUAAAGCUCUAUGGAAAGCCUCAUUAUCAUGUCAUAUCUUACAAUUGUAGAAAUGCAUUUGCUUUUCUUUUUUUUUUUAAAAUGAAUGUUGGGAUGCACUAUCGAAUAAUAAAUGAGAAAUAAUUCAUCCACUAUAAAA